GGCCUCCGCUCCCCUGCUUCCCCGGCUGGCUCCCCCACGCCACCCGUCUACUCCGUUGUCUCGUCGCAGGCAGCAGGUGAAAAUCUCCGCCAUUAAGCGCGCCCCAGGGAUCCUCCUCGGCCGCAAACAAAACCCUCCUCGUCAUCCGCGCCCGCUUUCCCCCCUGCCGGCCCCCGGUCUCGCUCUCGCCCAAGCACCAAAUCUUCCUCCCACUCAUCACAAGACGAAGUUUCAGUGCCUGCGCGUGCCGCGCGAUCUCUCGUCCUUGGCGUCGUCAAGACGCGUUAGUUUCAGUGCGCGCACGAGUGUGUGUUGUGGGAGUUAGUGAGAGCGAGAGCGAGAGCGAGCGCACCAAGCGAUUCGGCGGGCGGCGGCCGAUGGGGAGGGCGCCGUGCUGCGACAGGACCAAGGGCCUCAAGAAGGGGCCCUGGACGCCGGAGGAGGACAAGCUCCUCGUCGACUACAUCCAGACCAACGGCCAUGGCAGCUGGCGCCUGCUCCCCAAGCUCGCAGGGCUAAACCGGUGCGGCAAGAGCUGCCGACUGCGGUGGACGAACUACCUCCGGCCGGACAUCAAGCGCGGGCCCUUCACAUCCGAGGAGCAGAAGUCCAUCGUCCAGCUCCACGCCAUCGUCGGCAACAAGUGGUCCAUGAUCGCGGCGCAGCUCCCUGGCCGGACGGACAACGAGAUCAAGAACUACUGGAACACGCACCUCAAGAAGCAGCUGCGUCGGAUGGGCCUCGACGAGCCCCCGCCCGGCCCGGCCGCCGGCUGCCCCUCCGCGCGCCACAUGGCGCAGUGGGAAACGGCCAGGCUCGAGGCGGAGGCGCGCCUCUCCCUCCUCGCCACCGCCGCCUCCUCCUCCUCCUGCGGCGCCAUCGCGGCCACCUCCGCCUCAUCCUCCUCCUCCACCGUGGACUUGAAGACCGCAUGCGCCAGGCCCGCGGACAUCUUCCUGCGCCUGUGGAGCUCGGACAUCGGGGACUCCUUCCGCCGCAAGACGGCCGCGGCGCCCGUGGUCAAGAGGAAGGACGCGGUGAUCAAGCAGGAGUCGCAGGCGCUGCUGCUGGGUCCCGGGGACGACUCCUCGGCCGCGUCCAACGAGACGGAGGUGGCGGAGGCGCUGGAGGAGUACCAGAUGUUCCUCGACUUCGCCGGCGAAGAGCUGGGGCUGUUUCACGGCCGGCACGGCGGCUUCUCGCUGUUCCCGCCGCUCGACGUGCUCGCCGAGGCGUCCCUGGACACGGCGUUCAAGUGAAGACGUAGCGAGUACCACGUACGUACACAUACCUAUUGCCAUGGGCAAGCGGCAGUGGACAUGCCUCUACGGCUAGCUGUAUACUGUACGCCGCCUCCGCCUUAACAUGAGCGCGGAUGUACUAUGUAUAUAUGCAUGCUGUCUCGCGUAUUAUACCGCGGGCUGGCGCGCGCGCAUACGUACGGUACUUCUACGUGUGACUGCUGGCAUCAGGAGUUUUUUUUUUGUUAGGGCAUCAACCAACCAGCAAGUGCGUGGUUUAGCUUGUUAACCGGGUUAGUUUUGGACCUUUUGGUAGGACGCCAUGGUGUGUAUGGGGGGAUUCUCUGUGCAUGCGUCAGCCGUAACUAGAUAUGCUGUGCUCUAAUACAUCAACAAUCGAUUAUGGGACUGGUUUUCGCACUGC